GAGCUAUUCAUCUUGUACGUACUCAGAGACUGUAGUGGGCUGAUCUGGCACUACACCUGCAGCACCACAGCCAGCGGACAGCUCCACUCUGCAGUACCAGUAGGACUCAGUGUCCUCUGAUGCUUGAUUGCAGAUCAAAGCUGCAGGGAUCUCUUCUAAAGCAAAAAAACAGCACCAUCAAGAUAACGACUGCACGAAGGAUCUCUGCAGCGGCAAGAGGAUAUUGUACAAGUUCCCUAAACUUCCAUACACUUGAUAAAGGACAGAGAUGGAAACCAAAGAACCCCAGCUGAAAGGAAUUGUCACAAGGUUAUUCAGCCAGCAGGGCUUCUUCCUGCAGAUGCACCCAGAUGGCAGCAUUGAUGGGACAAAGGACGAAAACAGUGACUACACACUUUUCAAUCUAAUCCCAGUGGGUCUACGUGUGGUGGCAAUACAAGGAGUGAAGGCAGGACACUACGUGGCAAUGAAUGGUGAAGGUUUUCUCUACAAUUCAGAAACUUUUACCCCAGAAUGCAAGUUUAAGGAAUCUGUGUUUGAAAAUUACUAUGUCAUCUACUCUUCAACUCUUUAUCGGCAGCAAGUAUCUGGGCGUCAAUGGUUCCUGGGACUCAAUAAGGAAGGUGAAAUCAUGAAAGGCAACAGAGUGAAAAAGACCAAACCAUCAUCACAUUUUGUACCAAAACCUAUAGAAGUGUGCAUGUACAGAGAGCCAUCAUUGCAUGAAAUUGGAGAGAAGCAAGGACGCUCAAGAAAAAGUUCAGGAACGCCAACCAUGAACGGUGCAAAAGUUGUUAAUCAAGAAUGCACAUAGCCAAUAUUCAAUCCAGUCCUGAGAGUGAAUCCAUUGGAAAGUCAGAAAUUAAACAUACAAACUGACAAAACAGGUUUUCCGUUGACUAUAUGUUUGAACUCAAAUCUUUUUCUUCUUUGAAUAGGACAACGACAUGGAAAUCAAAUUGCCUGUGCAAUGUUUUAAACCAACUAGAAACAAAAAAAAAAAAAAAAGAGAAAAUUAUAUGAAUCUGGACUCCAUUCACAUUUUAUGCAAAUUUUAUCAUGUGAUCAAAUAAGUUACCAUCUCUGCAUAAAAAUAAAUAAAUAAAAAAAAUCAAAUAAAUAAUACCUUUAAAAGAAAAAAAAUGUUCUGGAGAAAUAAAUGUUUAUAGUCUUUUUUUUUUUUAGAUCCCAUUGAAACACAAAAAUAAGACACUAAACGGGACUGAUUUAUGUUUUAGAUUUGUGUCUAUUUUAAAGCUUGCUUGCUUUAUAUUCUGAGAUGCAAUCCUUCUUUGCAAGGUGUAUAGUUAGUUAAAGGGAUACAGUUGGAAGAGAUCAAUGUACCACUUCUUACAUGUUUAUCUUUUAAUCACAAUUUGAUAAAUAAUAACUUCCUUUCAAAAAUGAGACAUAAAAAGCACAAAUAACACAUAACAUAAUUGAACAUACAAGUUUAAAGGGACCUAAAACCCAUAUCCUUAUUAUUCUUAAGGUCAGGAUACACUGCAGUGGAAAAAAGUAGUUAGCCACUAAGAAAAGGCUCUGAAGCAGUCAUAAUUGUUGUUUUCGACUUGAAUCGUAUCACUCCAGGUGGUUUCCAGAUUGGUCGGUAUUCACCCUGAACAAUCACAGACUCCAGAUAUUGAACCCUGAUAAUAAAUUAUGCUACCAAGCUAAAAAGGAACACAGAAAUCAAACUAUUUAUUUUAAUAUUUAGCACAAAAAUCUGUUUAAAACAUUAUAGAACAAAAAGCAUGAGAAAUGAGUGUAAGGGGUUAAACGCAUUGUUAUUUUGUUACCAAUGUGCACUCAUACAAUAAUACAGUCUAAUAACAAAUUGGAGUAUUUUAUUAUAGCAUUAACGGUAGCUCAUUUGAAUAUGUAGCAAAAAGUAUAUUGUUCCUUUAAAGGGACAGUAAACAUGCAUUGCUUUAGUCUACAAAUCUGCUUUGUCACAUACUCCCUAGUAAAAAUAUAUUACCAAGGUUUUCAAAAUGCUGCCAAUUGUCUAAACCAGCUAUUUGAUAUGCAACAUUUGCAGGUCACAGACGUUUUUCACAAAAGCAAAUUUAUUAAAUGCCUUUUUAAGAUCUGGGUUAUUGUUUUCUUCUGUUUUAACCAAUUAGAGAUCAUUACUGGAGUAAUAGAUGAUUAAAUAUUAACCCUUACCUGACAGACAUAAUACACAAUUUGUUAUUGGUCUAAUGGCCAAAACAAUAGCAUAGCACACAAGGUUAUGCUGAAAUAGAGGAAGAAUAAAGUGAGGAAAUGACAGUGAGGGUGACAUUUGUUGGAUUGCAGCUCUUAAGGGCUUCCAUUUGCAGGUGAGCUUUCUAAGUAGAUAUAGAUCUGUAUAAAUAUUAACCAAUUGCUUGCCAGAGAGCCACAACUCUAAGUGAAGCAAUGCUUUGCUGCAAUCUAUUUCUGGCAUUCAAGGGAUUAACACAUUGUUAAUGAUGUUUGAAAGCAGAAGACCAUUACCAAAGGGGUUUUAUGAAUAAUUUUUAAACAUUUUAGAUUUGUUCACAUGAACUAUUUUGUACUGUAAAAUGUUGGCUUUACACUUUGUAAAGCAUAUGAAUUUAUUUAAUGUUUAAGUUGACUGCAAGGUCACUGUAACCAAAUAUUGAAAUCAAGUCUUUCUCGUUCAGCAAAAGAAAUCCAAUCAAAUAUGUUCAAAAUAUAUAUUUUUUGCAUUAAAUGUUAAGUAAAUAAUGUUUAAAGUAUAAAGUAUAGCAAACAAAAUAUUUUAUUUUUUAACUGCAUACUGCAGUACUCAUUAUUCAUGAGUGGAAAGGCAACUCUUAAAACUGUGCUGGUUAACAGGGAACCACCUUUACAUACCUGGAACAAAAUAUAUAUUCAGCAUUUUUUUGCAUCUGCAAUAUAUUUUAAAUGACCAUCUUUUAGAUAGAUGUAGAUGUCCAUUUAAUUGAGCAGGCUAUAAUUAUACUUAUAUAGUGCAGAGAUUGUCAAUAAAGAAUGUCCUAUAUACACCAUACUUUGGUUGCCUUAAAAUAGUCAUAUAUUCUUGCUUUAAAGACACAUAAAGUAGCCAUAAUGAAAUCAUCUGAUGUGCUACAUCAUUUUACUAGUUCCCUAUUGCUUAAACAGGACUAUGUGUUUAACACCUGCAAAGGGAUUUUAAACUCAAAAUUGUAUCUCACCCAUAAGUAUGCAUUAUUAAAAAUGUUUUAUUGCAAUUCAUUAUUUAUUUUGCUGUAAUUGUAUGGUAAUUCUGAAAACUGUAGUAUUGUGUACCCAAAAGAACCAUGGCACGCCAUGCUGCACAGUGAUUGGCUGAUAUGUGCAGGAGCUUGUUUAUAUAUAUGUCCUUAAUUGGUCACAGAACAGGAAGUAUCAUUUUAAUAUUUAAAAAAGGGGUGUGUCCUGGGCCUUUUAAGCAAUGGAUAUUGUUCUAACAAAAUUACAGUUUCAGAUGGUUUUAAAA